CCCACCUCUGCCUCGUUCUUAAACCCUAAACCCUAACUAAAAUAAAAUAAAAAUCCUGAACCCCAAAAACCUCGAUUUCCUCCUUCACUUACACGUUAAACCAGUAGGUCUCCUCCCAACGCAGUUGCAAGAGCCCACCUUCACCACCGCGAGGCAGAACGCUUCAGCUCGAACAAACCCUCAUCCUCCUCCGGUCGCUUUAACCGAAACCAAGUCUGUACUCGAAUCGAGGGAUUUUCUGGUUCGAAAUUUCCGGUUUUCUUUUUCUUCUCAACAUGGGAAAACAAUCAGGCAAGAACCUAGCAGGAUUUGGAAAACGCAAAAUGCCCAACAGGUUCAACACGGGCAAGAAAAGUCGUCGUCUUGAAGAAGAAAAUGUUGCACACAGUCCCUCGUCCACUUCCUCAGGGGAACUACCAAACGAAGAAUCUAACGGUGUGGUUUCUGAAGAAGAAACGGUUUAUAAGGAGCCAUCCAUGUAUGAUAAACUGUUAAUGACGCUGGGAUCAUCUAGUAAAUCUGUUUCUGCUGCAUAUAAGCUGAGAAAAAGACAAGAAGAAGGUAUAAGUGACUCUGAAAAUUCCGAAGAUGAUGGAAGUGAAUCUUCUAGUGACUCAGAGGAUGCGGAUAACGAUGAAGAAGGAGUUGAUGAUGAAGACCCUGAAAUGGCAGGAAUUGAGGAGCAUAGUGAAGAUUCUGAAAAUGAGGAUGACCAGGAGACCUCUGCUUUUGAUGAUGAAGAGACUCAUGAUUCGGAUGCAGAACAAGACCUGGGAACCAGUUCUCAAUCUGCUGUUGAACCAUCAAUGUGCUUGAGUUCCUUUGAUAUACACUGGGGGCACAAAUUAACAAAAGCUGAGGUUGAAAAUCUGUCAAAAAAGAAGUGGACAUACGAGUGGGAGGUGCCUGCUGUUGGGAUGACAAAGGGCAACUGGGCAGGAACAGGAGAGUGUUUUACAAAAGAUGACGACCCCAACUCUUGUUAUGGUCUGAAGCAAAAGUUAUAUAAGCAUUGGUUAGAUGUUUAUUGCAGAUCUGGAGGAAAUGAUUUUCAUUCAUCUAGAGAAAGAUUGUUCUUCUCCCUGUUCAACAGCUAUCGGGAUAUAUUGCACUGCAACAAAAAGCCCUUUUAUCACAGAGGCUCUACAGAAGACUCAAAUGUCAUGGAUGCAUACAUUAUGCAGUGUCUGAAUCAUGUCUUCAAAACUAGAGAUCUUGUAACCAAGAAUGAUGCAAAAGUGUCCAAGCUUCGAGAAACUGCUAAUAAUGAAAUUCCUACUGAUGAUAGUUUCCUGGACCAUGGAUUUACUCGUCCUAAGGUUUUGAUCCUAUUGCCAAUGGCAAGCAUUGCACUCCGUGUUGUUAAGAGGAUAAUACAACUUACUCCUUCAGCUCACAAGGUUAAUGUGGAGCACAUGGAUAGAUUUUCUAGAGAGUUCGGAACUGAUGACCAUGAGGAUGAGAAAGAAAUAACACCACCUGGCCUGGAAAUUCUAAAACCUCACAAGUCUUCAAAGCCUAGUGAUUUUCAAGUACUUUUUGGAGGCAAUAGCAAGGAUGACUUCAUGGUUGGCAUCAAGUUCACAAAGAGGAGCAUAAAGCUGUACAGUGAUUUCUAUACCUCAGAUAUUAUAGUUGCUUCUUCAGUUGGUUUGUUGAAAAAAAUUGAUGAGGCUAAAUUAAAUAAAGAAAAAGAUGUCGACUAUCUUUCUUCCAUAGAGGUUCUAGUUAUUGAUCAUGCAGAUGUUAUAACGAUGCAGAACUGGGACUUUUUGAAGUCUGUUGUUGAACAAUUGAACCACAUACCAUCUAAGCAGCAUGGAACUGAUGUCAUGCGGAUAAGACCGUGGUACCUGGAUGGAUAUGCACCUUUCUAUAGGCAAACAAUACUUUUGAGUUAUUAUUCAAAUCCAGAUAUAAACAAUUUGUUCAACAAGCACUGCAGUAAUUACCAUGGGAAGGUGAAGCUGGUACAUGAACAUAAAGGAGUUCUUCCUAAAGUGGUUCUUCAAGUCCGCCAGAUUUAUCAGCGGUUUGAUGCAGAUUCAAUAGAACAUUUUGAUGAUGCUCGUUUUGAAUAUUUUACUACAAAGGUUUGUUCUGUUUUCCAGGAGCGUCCUUAAUUGCAAGAGACUUUA